AUGUUAAAUGACGGAUCGUAUGCGUCGAUGAGUGUGUUCCUGGUUGCAUUCUUGGCAUAUUUCGAUAUACGUACAGGAACUGCAGCUGGUAUUAUAUCAUGUCGUGAAGCUAUGGCCAUCAUUCCCGCUCCAUUUAUCGGCGUUUUGAAUAAGAAAUAUGGAAGUAAACCAUUGGUUUUAUUGGGAGGACUGCUUUGCAGUAUUGGUCUGUUUGCUAGUUCGUUUGUAAAUAACUUGGCGUUGUUGUAUUUAACUUUUGGUGUGAUGGAAGGUCUUGGUAAUAGUCUAAUUUAUGGGCCAAGUAUUGUGAUUGUUGGACAGCAUAUUCAAAAGCGACAUGCACUUGCUAACGGGAUGAGUUACGCUGGAGCUGCUCUCGGGAUGAUUGUUUUUUCUCCUAUAUAUCAACUUUUGAUUACUGAAUAUGGCUGGAGAGGAGCACUCAUGAUCGUAUCCGCUAUAAACAUGAACAUUGUUGUCUGUGGAAUGUUGAUGAGAUCACCACCAAAAGUUGAUAACAUGGGUCCUAACAAUGAAGGCUCCAUAUCUGAAGACGUACAUAUCGAUACUGGCAAUAUGUGUUCACAACAAACACAAUUACCAAUCAUUUCUCAGAAUCGAAAACUAGGACAAUCAGGAACUCGCACAAAGCAAUCACAAAUUUACAAUGUGCUCGGCUUGAACCUCUUCUGCCAAAACUCGGCUUUCUGCGUUCUGUGCAUAUCAGUGUUUUUCAUGGGGAUUGGACAUUUAUUAACUAUUGUCCAUUAUGUCAACCAUGCCGUGACUAUGGGCAUUCCGAAAAUGAAUGCAUCAAUACUGAUGUCAAUGAUCGGCAUUAGUUCUCUUGUUGGAAGAUGUACACAUGGAUUGUUUGCGAAUUUGAGAUAUUUCACUCCUAUGUCAGUGUACGUGUUCAGCACAACAGGGGCGGGAACUGUGUUGAUGCUUCUUCCACUCACGAAAGGAAACUAUUAUUAUAUGGCAAUUAUCAGCUUAUUGUUUGGAUUGUGCAGUGGAACUUACUUUCCCCUUGCUGCCGUAUGUGUGAAACAAGCCGUGGGUGUCGAUAGUUUUCCAAAAGCCUUUGGGUGGUUUGUGUUAUGUCUUGGUACUGGAACAAUUUUAGGUCCUUAUCUUGGAG